UAUUAGUCUAUAUAUCCCUUUCCAUGUAUUGACUUGAACACCAUAACAACAUUCAAAGUGUUAUUAUACUGCUUUUUCCCGAUUUGAGCAUACCAUGGGAAGUUUGAGAAUGCUGCUCUCAUCCCAUUGCAUUCGUCGUCCUUUUUUUUUUUUGUCAUUUGAAACUUAUAAACAAGAGAAAUAUAAAAUGUUAAGAGUUAAAACAAAAUUCCUCUCUACUAUGCAACCAAUUAACAAAGUCAAACACCCUUUAACAUACGAGGCAAUAAGAAUAGAGCUUAACAAGUCACUAAGUGAACUACUAUGUUACCAUCAUGACCAAUGAACAAAAGUCUAUAACCCACAUCCAUAUCCAACAGUGAACAAAUUUCUUGUGGUUGAGUCCACAUUCAGCUGGACCUUUCUAAAUCCCAAGUUCCAAGCACGCUUCAGACCAAUAACCACAUUUUCAGUUCUGCCGCUAUAAAGCAUUCUCCAAGUUUGCACAUGAAGGCAUCAAUGCAUCUUCCAAGGAUGUCUCACAUCUUCCUCCUCACCUUCCAGUGCGCUAAAUCUUGAUCUCGAGCAGCCUGAGUUCCACUAAAUUGCAAGGCCCACUCCAUUGUCCCCUUUUGGAACUCGUUCUUUACGUUUAGUAGUUUUCUUUAUAAUUCUUGCUGCAAGCAUCCAUGGGCCGAAGUCUUCGACGAUCUCUGGACGAAUCUCUUAGUAGUUCUUGGAUUUCUCGCUUACCUUCAGUUUAUCCUCUAGUGUCAUCGUGUCGUCCAAGUUUUUGACUAUGCACUUCUCUUCACGAUGGCCAUAUCGACCACACUCAAAGCAGACUGUGUAUAAUCCCUCGUACUCAACUCUUCUCACCCUUCUCUUAAGUUUGUACUUGGAUAUCAACAACUCCCGAAAAUCAAUUUCCACACAAAUUUGGGAAUAAUUAUCCCCAAAGCCAUUCGAGGUAUUGUAGUCAGUUUUCUCUAUCCAACCUAGCUUGUUUCCCAUAUCCAAAAGGAUCUCUUCAUCAAAGUAGGCCAAUGGCAGUCUCGAAAGUCUUACCCAGAUGGACGUUUUGUUGAUGGGGUCAUAUCAGGGUCAAAGUCCAACCUCCAUGGUUCUAAGGCGAUGUAGUGGUCGUCAAUCGUCCAGGGGCCCUCCAUAAAGGGCUCUCUCUUGAUCUAACUAGGAGUCAAUGAUUGCCUGAUGCCAUUGCCGAUAUCACCGAUCUUCACACCGCAGUCAUCGCCCACAUCUUGUGCCCAUGAUUAUUGUUUCUGUCCGGCCCUUUCGAACCAAAUGAAAGUUAAAACAGUGCGCUGAAAAAAAUGCUUAGUGCAAAACUUUGAUUCAAUCCAUCAAGGCCCAUAUGAAACUUAGGCCCACUUAGACUAGGGUUUACACCGGAUUCGUCUGGCCCGAAUCCAAUCGUGUUCCUCAAAACAGAGCCUGCUCUCAGGAACCGCUGCCUAUCUAUUUAUACACCGCAACAACACGAAACGAGUGCUAGGGUUUAUAUUUUAAUUGUCGCUCGCCGCUAGCUCAGAAGACCCUCGGCGCCGCAGCAGAACUCCGUCCAGCAGCCAUGGGGUACGUCUCCUCUUCCGCUGUGAAUCCCGAGCUUCUUGUGCAUUUCAUUUUGCAUCUGCCGAGCCAUUUGAGAUCUUCAUUCGUUUUGUCUUGUUUGGAUCCUGUGAACGAUGAUUUUUAGGGAUGAUAGCUAUCAUUUUGUAGAUUUGGAUGAACCCUUUCGUCGAGAAGUUGAUUCUGUCCCUGUGAUGGGUGUCUCUGGGAUUGUUUAUUUCCAUGUACUUAGAUUGGGACUUAGUUAUAGCACCAUUGUUCUUCAGUGAGCCAAACCUAGUUUCCAAUAUCUUCGAUAUUCUGCACCUGAACUUUACUUUGGCCUUUGAUUUUAUGUUAUUUGAGGAGUUGUUACAGUGUAUCUGAUAAUAAUUGGGUUUAGAAAGCUGAGAAACUUUAUCUUAGAGGAUGAGAAGUGAUAUAUUGUUUAUGUCUACAGUUAGAGAUAAAGCUUAACUUUGGUAUAAGCUAUUGCAAAUGAAAAUGUGUUUUGGUAUGAACUUUAUCUUGUGGUUGAGACUCAGUUCGUCCAAUCUUUUGCAGGAAGACACGUGGAAUGGGAGCAGCUCGCAAGCUGAAGACCCAUCGCAGGAGGCAAAGGUGGGCUGACAAGGCUUACAAGAAAUCUAACUUGGGUAACGAGUGGAAGAAGCCAUUUGCUGGUUCUUCCCAUGCCAAGGGCAUUGUUCUGGAAAAGAUUGGCAUUGAAGCCAAACAGCCAAAUUCUGCUAUCCGUAAGUGUGCUAGAGUGCAACUCAUCAAGAACGGAAAGAAGAUUGCUGCCUUUGUUCCUAAUGAUGGUUGCUUGAACUACAUUGAGGAAAAUGAUGAAGUUCUCAUUGCUGGAUUUGGUCGUAAGGGUCAUGCCGUGGGAGAUAUUCCUGGUGUCCGUUUCAAGGUUGUGAAGGUAUCUGGUGUCUCUCUUCUGGCUCUAUUCAAGGAGAAGAAGGAGAAGCCAAGGUCAUAAGUUAUCAAUGGAGAUCUUGAGUUUUUUGCUGUAGUUUUCAUUGUGUUAUUGUUUCCGAAACAACUGUGGAAUGGUUGUGGUUCUUGUCCUAGUGCGUCUGCUGAGCCGACUUCUGGUUAUUGUAUGGAGGAACCUUCAAAUUUUGCAAUCUUAUAUGUUGAAGUCUUUCACAUUCUGAGCUCUUAGAUUUUCUACAUUCUCGUUUCAUCUCCUUGAGUCAUAAAGAGAUGAAACCUUG